AAAGACAUCCAAUCAGAGCACGGUCUCUGUUUGCUGAACAUUUACAUAGAGCUGGGGAUAAAUAACACUGAACGCUAACUCAAUAUUAUUCAGUUUUUUGUUUAGAGAAUUGAAGCAUCAUCAUGCCUGAACCAGCAAAGCCCGCGCCCAAGAAGGGCUCAAAGAAAGCCGUCACCAAGAGCGCCGCCAAGAGUGGAAAGAAGCGCAGGAGGUCCAGGAAGGAGAGCUACGCCAUCUACGUGUACAAAGUCCUGAAGCAGGUUCAUCCCGACACCGGCAUUUCUUCAAAGGCGAUGGGCAUCAUGAACUCUUUCGUCAACGACAUCUUUGAGCGCAUCGCCGGUGAGUCCUCUCGUCUCGCUCACUACAACAAGCGCUCCACCAUCACCUCGAGAGAGAUCCAGACCGCCGUGCGUCUCCUGCUGCCCGGUGAACUCGCCAAACACGCCGUGUCUGAGGGAACAAAGGCCGUCACCAAAUACACGAGCUCCAAGUAA